AUGGCCUUCAAGGCAAAAACAGAUCUCGAGGAGGUCGGCCGCAAGCUCGGGGCCAUAAGGGAAGAUACCGAGAGGAAGGUGACAACGGAGGUUAAGGUCAAGAUCGACGAAUAUGGCCAGGCGGCCUGUGAACUUGUCGAGCGCUUGAAACAAAAGGUGUACUGGACCUACCACCGCAAGACACACGAACCGGAUGACAGUACUGCCAGCCAUAAUGCUACCACUAGGAUGUCCACGAAGGAUUGA